UGUGCCGGGUUGCGAAGGGGGAGAAUAACGUCGGGUCGGGUCAGCGGGCGCUGCAGUAGUCGCCGCAGCGGCGAUGGGAGCGGUGGGAACGAGGCGGCGGCGGCGGCGGCAGGAGGAGGAGCAGGGGCUGGCACAAGAGCAGCGGCUGGGGGCGGCCAGCAGCAGCAGUAACAGCAGCAGCUGCCGCCGCCGCCGCCAGUAAACGCGGACGGUACCCGAGGGGACUACCCAGACAGCCGGCCCUCGAAGCCGCGCUCGGGUCCCGCCGCACUUCGCGGCGGGGGAUGGGCGGGCGGUGGCGGUCCCGCCUGCUGAGAGUCGACCCCUACGGGUCCCGGCCCUGAGCUGGACGCGAGCCCUCGGUCCGAAGUCCCUGCGUCCGCCCUGGCCCAGCUUAAAUGGAAACCACCCUUGCGAGCUGGAUGCCUGUGUAGCCAUUCUAUCAUAUCAGUGAAUUGCAAUGAGUGGAGGAGGAGAGCAGCCGGAUAUCCUCAGUGUUGGAAUCCUGGUCAAAGAAAGAUGGAAAGUGUUGAGGAAGAUUGGGGGUGGGGGCUUUGGAGAAAUUUACGAUGCCUUGGACAUGCUUACCAGGGAAAAUGUUGCCCUGAAGGUGGAAUCAGCUCAACAACCAAAGCAAGUUCUCAAAAUGGAGGUUGCUGUAUUGAAAAAACUACAAGGGAAAGACCAUGUCUGUAAAUUUAUUGGCUGUGGGAGGAAUGACCGAUUCAACUAUGUGGUCAUGCAGUUGCAGGGUCGGAAUCUGGCGGAUCUACGCCGUAGCCAGUCCCGGGGCACAUUCACCAUUAGCACUACUCUUCGGCUGGGUAGACAGAUUCUGGAGUCUAUUGAGAGCAUCCAUUCUGUGGGAUUCUUGCACCGAGACAUCAAACCGUCAAACUUUGCCAUGGGUCGCUUUCCUAGUACAUGUAGGAAAUGUUAUAUGCUUGAUUUUGGCUUGGCUCGACAGUUUACCAAUUCCUGUGGUGAUGUCAGACCACCUCGAGCUGUGGCAGGCUUUCGAGGGACAGUUCGUUAUGCAUCAAUCAAUGCUCAUCGGAACAGGGAAAUGGGAAGACAUGAUGACCUUUGGUCCUUAUUCUACAUGUUGGUGGAAUUUGUGGUUGGUCAGCUGCCUUGGAGAAAAAUAAAGGACAAGGAGCAAGUAGGCUCUAUUAAGGAGAGAUAUGACCAUAGGCUUAUGUUGAAACAUCUCCCUCCAGAAUUCAGCAUCUUCCUGGACCACAUCUCCUCUUUGGAUUAUUUUACAAAACCAGACUAUCAGCUUCUUACAUCUGUGUUUGACAACAGCAUCAAAACCUUUGGAGUAAUUGAGAGUGACCCUUUUGACUGGGAGAAGACUGGAACUGAUGGCUCCCUAACAACCACCACUACUUCUACCACCCCUCAACUGCAUACCCGCUUAACCCCUGCGGCAAUCGGAAUUGCCAAUGCCACUCCCAUCCCAGGGGACUUGCUUCGAGAAAAUACAGAUGAGGUGUUUCCAGAUGAACAGCUUAGUGAUGGGGAGAAUGGCAUCCCUGUUGGUGUGUCACCAGAUAAAUUGCCUGGAUCUUUAGGACACCCUCGUCCCCAGGAGAAGGAUGUCUGGGAAGAGAUAGAUGUCAACAGAAACAAGAUAAAGCUUGGGAUUUGUAAGGCUGCUACUGAAGAGGAGAAUAGCCAUGGUCAAGCAAAUGGUAUUCUGAAUGCUCCAAGCCUCGGUUCACCGAUUCGUGUCCGCUCAGAGAUUACUCAGCCAGACAGAGAUGUUCCGUUGGUGCGAAAGUUACGUUCUAUCCACAGCUUUGAGCUGGAAAAACGUCUGACAUUGGAGCCAAAGCCAGAUACUGACAAGUUUCUUGAGACUUGCCUGGAGAAAAUGCAGAAAGAUUCCAGUGCAGGAAAGGAAUCUGUUCUUCCUGCUCUGCUUCAUAAGCCUUGUGUUCCUGCUGGGGCCCAUACUGACCACAUCUGGCACUAUGAUGAAGAAUAUCUUCCAGAUGCUUCUAAGCCUGCCUCUGCCAACACCCCUGAGCAGGCAGAUGGUGGUGGCAGCAAUGGAUUUAUAGCUGUUAACUUGAGCUCCUGCAAGCAGGAUGAUUCCAAAGAAUGGGUGAUUGUGGACAAGGAGCAGGACCUUCAGGAUUUUAGAGCAAAUGAGGCUUUAGGUCAUAAAACAACAGGAAGCCCUUCUGAUGAAGAGCCAGAAGUACUUCAAGUCCUAGAAGAAUCACCUCAAGAUGAAAAGCUCCAAUUUGGUCCUUGGGGAGAAAAUAUUCAUUUAAAGAAGGAAACCUCAGGUGUGAUCUUAGCACUUUCUGGAGAAUGCCCUGCCACUGCUGCUUCAGAACAGUAUACAGAUAGGCUAGAACUCCAGGCUGGAUCUGCUAGUCAGUUUAUUGCAGCAACACCCACAAGUCCAAUGGAGGCGCAAGCGGAAGGACCCCUUACAGCGAUUACAAUUCCUAGACCUUCUGUGGCAUCUACACAAUCAACUUCAGGAAGCUUUCACUAUGGUCACCAGCCAGAAAAGAAAGACCUUCAUCCUGUGGAGCCCACUGUGGAACUUUAUUCUCCAAGGGAGAACUUCUCUGGCUUGGUUGUGACAGAGGGAGAGCCUCCUAGUGGAGGAAGCAGAAUAGACUUGGGGCUUCAGAUAGAUCAUAUUGGUCAUGAUAUGUUACCCAAUAUUAGAGAGUGUGACACAUCCCAAGAUCUGGGACCAAAAGACCUUCCUGACCAUAACAGACUGUCAGUGAGGGAGUUUGAGAGUCUCCCUAGAGAAACUGAAGAGAAAAGCAUUCUUCUAGGGUCAGAUAAUGAAGAUGCAAAGUUAAGUAAAGGGCAGCAUUAUAUUGAGAUCGCUCCUCUCCCAGGAGAUUUGGUAACUGUGGAAAGGGAUCACUCAGCUACUACUGAACCUCUCGAUAUGACAAAGUCACAGACUUUUAGUGUGGUGCCAAAUCAGGACAAAAAUCAUGAGAUAAUGAAGCUUCUGGCAGUUGGAACUUCAGAAAUUUCUCCACGAGUCAUUGACCCACAUGUUGAAGGACAAAUAGGGCAGGUGGCAGCAAUGCAAAAAAGUAAGAUAUCUAAAGAUGAUGGCGUCAAAAGCGAAGACUUGCCAGGUCAUCAAGGAGACCUCCCUACUUUUUUGCAUCAAGAGGGUAAGAAAGAGAAAAUUGUCCCUAGAAAUGGAGAACUAUUUCAUUGUGUUUCAGAGAGUGAACACUGUCCCCCACCUCGGAAGGAUGUGGUUAGGUCAUCCUUCAUAACUAGACACAGCCGAAUCCCUGUUUUAGCACAAGAAAUAGACUCAACUUUCGAAUCAUCCUCUCCAGUCUCUGCAAAAGAAAAGCUCCUCCAAAAGAAAGCUUAUCAGCCAGACCUAGUCAAGCUUCUGGUGGAAAAAAGGCAACUCAAGUCUUUCCUUGGGGACCUCUCAAGUGCCUCUGAUAAAUUGCUAGAGGAGAGACUAGCCACUGUUCCUGCUCCCUUUUCUGAGGAGGAAGUCUUCACUCCCUUUUCAAGACUGGCUGUAGACUCCCCACUGAGCAGGUCAGCUGAAGAUAGCUUUCUGUCACCCAUCAUCUCCCAGUGCAGAAAGAGCAAAAUUCCAAGGCCAGUGUCAUGGGUCAACACAGAUCAGGUGAAUAGCUCGACUUCAUCUCAGUUUUUGCCUCGGCCACCUCCAGGAAAGCCACCCAUGAGACCUGGAGUAGAAGCCAGGCUCCGCAGAUAUAAAGUCCUGGGGAGUAGCAAUUCCGACUCAGACCUAUUCUCCCGCCUGGCCCAAAUUCUUCAAAAUGGAUCUCAGAAACCCCGGAGCACUACUCAGUGUAAGAGUCCAGGAUCCCCUCACAAUCCAAAAACACCACCCAAGAGUCCAGUUGUCCCUCGCAGGAGUCCCAGUGCCUCUCCUCGAAGCUCUUCCUUGCCUCGCACUUCUAGUUCCUCACCGUCUAGGGCUGGACGGCCCCACCAUGACCAGAGGAGUUCAUCCCCGCAUCUGGGGAGAAGCAAGUCACCUCCCAGCCACUCAGGAUCUUCGUCCUCUAGGAGGUCCUGCCAACAGGAGCAUUGCAAACCCAGCAAGAAUGGCCUGAAAGGAUCCGGCAGCCUCCACCACCACUCGGCCAGCACUAAAGCCCCUCCAGGGAAGAGUAAGUCAGCCAGUAAACUCAGCAGAUAGGAGCCCGGCUGCAUCUCUGUGAAAGAUGUGAGAUCUUCCUCCUAAACCUGAUGCAUGUGUGUCCCCAUACUGUCUAUUUAAAAAAAAAAAAAAAUCAGUGUUGAUUUUCUCUUGCAAAAGAAAUAUGAUAAAUUAUUUAUAAGGAGACAUAAAUAUAUGAUAAGGAAUUACUAAGGGAGGCAGCAAGCAGAUCAGGAGGCAAUGCCUUUGCAUAGGAAGGGGCAAUCUAGCAAAUUCAAGGGGGAGAAACAUUAAAUGAACUCUCAAUUUUUGGCUGCCUUUGUAGGAUUGAUAGUUGAAGGUAGGAUAUGGAAUGGAAUUUUAAGGAAUCUGGCCUACUUCUUUUUAAGGCUCUACUCAAAGAUUAUAUAGCAGAAGUGAAACUUCUCAUUUUAAUAUUUUCAUUCAAAAGUUCCCAACUUUGGAGAGUCAAAAUUGCUCUGAUAUUAAAGUAUAUUAAAAACUCUGUUGCUGGGGAGCCAAUGCUGACAUACAUUUGACUUGUGUGUUUAUUUAGUGUAUUGAGAGUUCACACCUUUACUUUGCCUCAUUCCUAGUACCCUCCCUGGGUUUCACUUUUUUUUAAAGUUACUGUUUCUCACCUGAUCCAAUCUCUCUUAUUUUAACAAUACAUUUUGAUAUGCUUUUAGCAGCACAUGCUGAGAAUUUCAAAUCCAGUUACUUUUUUUUUAGGCCCCUAAUAUUUUUCGUUGGAGCACCAUAUUCUCAGUAUAUUUUUAUUGUGAGACAUAACUGAUGAAACUUAGGUAAUGGAAGGAAAAGUCUAAAUAAAGCAAGUUUACAAGGUUAGUGCUUUAGGGAGAGAGGGACAGAGUUGGGGUUAAUACCCUUUAAGAUAGGAGAACCUUCAUCCCCCACGUUAGUUUCCUUCUUGUGGAAGGAACGCUGACCAGAGUAGACCUUGCUUCCUUAAGUCUUCUAGGUACCAGCUAUUUCUAAUAUCCUCCAAGAUGAUACCAAGAAAGUACAAAGCUGUGGAAUGUGACUUUAUGCUUUUAGAGGUUUAGAAAGCAAAAUAGAAAUUAGAUGUUGUUGAGGCUUAUAAUCCUCAGACUUUGUAUUUUAUACAUUUAGCCAAUAAGGAACAAGUAUCUGGGAAAAUUAAUUUAGAUUCAGUAUUUAUCUUCUAAUAUUUUAUUACCUGCUCCUGGGCUUUAGUUUGAACAUUUUGGGCUUCUUGACCCGAUUUCCAUAUAAUCUCAAUUUAUAAAGCUGUAAGGAGGAUCAUAUUUGUUCUAAUCUCACUCUUCUGCUAACAGGAAUCAGGCAAAAUUAAAUCAUAGUAGACUUUUUAAAUGGGCUCUUUUAUACUCUGUAGGUGUUUUUUGUGUUGUAAAGACCUUAUUAAGGUCAGGUAAAAUGGUCGGCUUGUUGUUGAAAUUUGCCUUCUAGCAAACAUCUGUGCUUUCUCUUUGACCUUGUUAUUUGCUGCCAAACCUAAUAUGGUUGAAUUGGAAAACAAAAAAAAAAGAAAUAUAGUUCCUUACCAAGUGAACAUAUUCUAAUGCUGCAUUAUAGCUGCCCUGAAGCUGCACUGAACUUACCUUGUUCUCUUUAUCUGUGUUGAGCUUUUUUUUAAAAAAAAGUCAAAACACUAUUGAGGUAUAUUCGGUCUCCCAUGAGAAAUGUAGCAUAGUGUGGAAUCUUAAUUUCUCUCCAGUUUCAAGUACUACAGAAGAAUGCAAUAGAUAAGACAUAUUUGUUGUUUACCUAAAGCAACUGUAAUAUUGGAAGACCGAUCCUUCUGUAUUAUAUUGUAUAAUAGUUGUUGUAACACUACUUGCAUGUCUUCAUGGUAAAUUAUAUAAAUAUUUAUAAAUAAUAGAGAAACAUAUGCUUAUAUAAACUUGUUCUUUCUCAUUCUCCAUUUGUAAUUUCAAUAUCACAAAUGGUAAAAUUCCUUUUUAUUGUGUGCCUCGCAUACACUUGGGCCUUGCCUAGCUUCAUUUUCUGAAAAUAUGUUCUUGGCAUGUGACAUGUCAGAUUCUUUUUGCCUUCCUUGUGUAUAAUGCAAGAGUUGGCAGUCUUUAACAAGCCAAGAUAGGUUAAUUGAUUUUCAUUUUUAAAAGAUUUUAAUAGGGGGAAAAUUACUGGGACGUGCUUGUAAUACUGGUUCAAAGAUUUGUCAUGUUAAUCACAUAAUUUUGUCCUUAAUGGUUAGAGUGGAUAAACUGAGAUGAUAAUCAUGGGUCUGACAUAAAUUUAUCUAAAAAAAUUUUUUUUUAAUUAUUAUUUUACUUUUUCAGCCUCACUUUUUAGGGGGUGGUGGGGAAGUAAUCUACAAUUAAGAAAUUAUCUUUUUUCUGUCAUAUUAGCUAAAUUGUACUGAAAGUAGCCAGCUUUAAAUCCUGACCCCUUUAGUCAGAAAUGUAUUCAUGGUAACCAUUGGACAAGCUGUUGAGGCUACAGUUGUGGUGUGUGUGUUAUUUUCUUAUUGGCAUUUCCCUGCUAGCAGUCAAUAUUGACAAUGAUGGCAACAUGGCUACGUAAUGUUUUCUCUCUCGGUUCCUUCUGUUUUUCUGCAACUUUUUCACUGUUGCCGUCUUUUCUAAAAGGCACUGACAAACUCAAGAUCCAGAAACAGCCUCAUUGUGUAAGAAUAUUUUAUUUUGCAACGUAGAGGAAAGAGUUAACCAAAGAUGUUUCUGCUUGAUACUUUCAAAAGAAUACAGACUAUAUCUUAUAUAUCAAUAGGUCCACAUAAACGUAGUUUUUUUUAAGUACUAUUUUAUAUAGAGAUUUACUUUUAUGGUUUUUAAAAGCAGUUUGUGCUUUUAAAUGUUAUGUGUCUUAGGCUAAAAUUAGAGAAGUUGGCAGCCCUGAGGAAAGCACUUCGGCACAAGGAUUUUUGUUUUUGUUUUAUUUUAAAGUAUGAUACAGAGAACAAGUUUUGUUUUUAGUUCAUUUUUUAUUUAUUUUUUAGUGAUGGCAUAUUUCAGAUUUCAGUGACAAGUAUAAAUCAUCCAAGUAAUUAUAAACCAGUUUGGUUAUUCUACCUAAGAUGAGGGUCAUGACCAUUAAUUAAAGUCAAGCCAAACUAUACUAAAAGUAUUAUGAGGCAGAAGUUAAAAUUAUCCUUUGAAAAUUAAGUGCCUCAUGGUUUUCUUAUCACAAAUUACUGGUUACCUAGUCACACUUGCCCUUAUUUUCUGUGUCUAAUCUCUGGAAUUACUUGGGUGGAACAGAAGAUGGUUUAGUCCCUUUAGGUAGCAUUCUUUGUAAAUUAUGCUGCCAAAUCUCCAAUAUGUACAGAUUGGUCAAAAUAUUAAAAUUCCUCAUUGUAAUCUUUUGCACAGCUUUAAGGCAUUGAACAUACAGUGAACAAAGAAGAAAAAUUGGGUCAUAUCAAAUUUAACUUUAAAGCGCAGACUCUAAACACUUUUAAAUGGUAAGUCUUAGGCCAGCAGUGUUAUUCUCAACUUGGUAUGAAAGCUGGCCUUGCCAACAGUGGCAUAGCUACAUUUACUGUUUUUUAAGUUGCAUGUUGUGAAUAUUUUUUGUAAAAGUUGCCAAGUUAAUCAAAUCCUAAAGAAGUAGCAAAGUGGUAAUUGAGACCCACUGUUUUAUUAUCCACUUUAUAUUUUUUGCUUUGAAAUACUAAACAAAUCUUAGCUGCUUAUUAAGGCUGUGGACUAGUGGUGCAGUUAUCUCUUUCUGUUUAGCUCCUAGCCACUAUGGGAACUUGAGGUUCUUUGUUAAUCAUCAGAGAUUCCUUCCAGGCCACAGAUUUGUAUGUGAAUGUUUCUAUGGUUAUACUCAAAUCUACAAGGAAAAAGUGUACAUUGGUGCAUGUUUUAUAAACCCAGACACAGAUAGUUAAAACAAUAGUUUUUCUACACCCAGUAGAUUUGAAUUAAAAACAGAUGCUUUUUCCCCAAGAGCGAAGGAUUCUUUGUUCUAGGAACUACAUUCUUAAUCUAACAUAAGGAAUUGGUGAUAGGAAAAACAGGAUCCUAGUGGCUUGGGAAAAAAAAAUGCAUCUUACUCUAGCUAUUUGAAAUAUAUUUAUUUGUAGAUAAGUCUAAAUUUUGUCUUGGAGAUCAAAGUUUUCACAUUUUAAAGCUUUUUUCAUUCCUUUAUAUCUAUCAAAACAUGGCAUAUGUUAGAGAACUGUUUUUUCUGUCAUGCUUAUAUAUUUUGGAAUUGUUUGCAUUCACUCUCUUAACAUCUGCCCAUUUCUGUUUAUGUGCAUUUAUCACAGAUGUGUGUUGGGACUUUGCCUAAAGGGAGAGAGAUUUUAGCACCUGUAUCACUGAGGGAUAGAAUGGUUGACAACUGCAUUGUUUAACUUUCUUGAGUUUGUUUCUGUAGACCAUUAAUUUGCAGAAUAAUUAGUUACCUCUGUUUUAAUACAAAAAGUAUUACAGGAUUAAGGCAUGGAAACCACUGUGCUACGUAGUGCUCACAUGUCAAUAUUGGGGACCCAAGUUUAGAAACUAUAGGGAUAUAAUUAGACUGUAACUUAGAGAAGGGAAUAAGAUGGUUCUAGUCUUCAGGCUAAAUAGAAGGAUGUAGUACAUGGAGAACCCCCAGGUGGUUGUUAAGGACAUUCCAUUUCCCUGUACUCUCAUCCAGCUGAACUCUGGUGUGGACCUCAAGGAGGUGGAAGUAGUAUAGAGACAUCAUUGGGUAUUCUCAGUAGUUCCAGGCUGUACCUCUGGAAUUAUGAGAAAUUUAACCCCGUUUUGGGAACCAGAGGAAUCUAUUGCCAGCAUUGCUAGAGAGACCUGCAGGAGGUAUAUAGGGAAUUCCUGUAGUUCUUAGGUAACUCCAGGACAUGGGAUAAGGAUCCCUAUUUGUGUAAAGGGGAAUUUGGAUCCUGCAUAACUCAGUUACUAAAAAUCCCUGGCUAGACAUGAAAUGAUGACAUUAACGUCUUAGCCCAUCAAUGCAUUUUCUAAUUCACUUGUGAUUAUUGGCUGCGGCUUUUAAAAUGUAAGCUUGAUAUUUAAUUAUUUUAGGCAAAUUUGGAUCAGAAAAUUAAAGUAUGUAAUAAGAUCAAGAUCUCCUUGAGCUUAUACACAAUCUCAAGACACCGAAUAGCCAACUAUUACCAUUCAUUAAGUAAUGAUUUGAAUAUAUCCUUAGACUUUGCUAGAUCCUUGGUCUUAAAGAGACAUGUAAAAGAAGUGAAACUUUAACCGAGUCUGCCUCUUUAAUUGAAAGUGAUAGUAUGGGCAUAGUAUGUAUCACUGGUAAUGCUAACAUGUCUCUCAUAUACCCUAGGCCAGCAGUUCUGGGUUCCUUGACCUAGGGAAUAGGAUUCAAGAGGCAGAUCCUUGAGUCCAUAUGACUAUAGAAUUUACUGAUGACAUAAUUUUACAUACUAGCGAUGGAUAGGAAUUUCAUUUCAGUGGUUUAAUAUUGUUUUAUAUUGUGUACAGAAGUGUUCACUCACCCAGUUAAAAAUAUUGAGUAAACCAAAUUUUUGGUAAACUACCCUUGCCAUAUAAUGCUUUCCCCCUAUAGCAUAGUUUAAAUCCUUAAAAUUUGAUGCACAGCACUUCAGCAUACCUGGAGUCCCUCUGGGUGUUCUUCACUCACUCACAAGGGUAAACUUGAAUGUGAUUUAUUUUAGGGAGCAACCCAGGGAGGAAGAAUCCCUUGGGACUUUUUCAAAACUAUUCUAUUACUAUUCACCAGGUAGGUAAAUCAGUUCAGUAAGGUAAAAAGGAUUCAGAAAUACAGAUAGGAAGAUAAUUGUGCCACUUGGGGCUCUGAAACUGACUUGGGUGAAUCAAAGAAGAAAACAGAUCAGAUAAACCAGGCUUGAGCCCCUUUACUUCUUUCUCAUACUCAGCCCCUGGUCUCCUUCCUCCUUUCCUAAAAUAGCCAGAACCUAUUUCAUUAGGCCAUUUACUACAAGUUAACAGCUUUUAGGAAAAAAGAGGGAGGGGAAACAUCUAGUUUUACUUUAGAUAUAUUGAACAUUAUGAACUAUUGGCAGCUGUUAGAUUGAACCACAUACCAGAACUCUCUUGUCAAGCAAUACCAAUUCCAGUUUUCUCCCUUGUCUUCAUGAAAUCAGAGUGAUGAGAAAUUGCUCUUUGAAAUGCCUCCAAAGGUAUUGUGUCCCUUUCCCUUCCAAGCAGCCCUCUUUAUGAAUUUUUGCUCAGGCAACCAAGGACAUAGAGUAUUGGCAGAAACAUGGAGUGCUUUUGUAUAGGCCAUCUGUACAUAAAAGUGUAAUUAUUUAUUUAAUUUUCCCAUUUGUAUCAUACUAAAGCUUUGUACAGUGUUUUAAGUUCUGUUUUAAAAUUAUUUUGUAUUUUAUUUUUAUAAUCUAGUAAUAAAAUAUUCAUUCCGCAUGCAAA